AUGAUACGUCGACUAGUGUUUACUUGUUUGGAAGAUAUUCGAGAUGGUUUUGAAGAAGAGCUUAAAGAAAUGAAACCGAUGAAAAAACCACUUCAAAAUACUGAAAAGCUGACUGACAUGAAUACGAAGUUCCCUCUAAAAUCGUUAGCUUUAAGAAAAUUCGAGUUUGUUGACUUCUGUAAAAAACCAAAGCAAACUCAUGAAAACAGAGGAGCAGCACUAUUAGCUAAAAUGGGAUAUGAUGGUGGUGGGCUUGAUAAGAGCAGCCAAGGAGUCACAGAACUGAUACCAUUCUCCACGCAACGAGGUCGCGAAGGUUUUGGACAGCCUGCGAAUCAGAAAAUUGCUCGAGAUUGGAAUGUAGUUGGGAUUUUGCGGAAGAAAAUGUAUUGUGGUUAUCUGUUCCUGAUGACAUUCGAGAGAAGUUCACAAAAAAACACGAGAAGUUCAUCUUAUUCAAGAAAUAAGAUUUGCAAGAUCAAGACGACUGGAUUAUGA